GCACCUGCGUGACGUCUCCGCUCGGUGGAGGGGGCCCCCGGGCUUGGAGGCCUCCGGGUCGGUGAUCUGCGCCGGGACAGCCUUCCUCAGCUCCCACCGCGUUUGAGGCGUCGGGAGCGGCGCGCAGGGCAAGAGGAAAGCCCCCAGUUCUCAGGACCUCAUGGAUCGCAGAGAGACCAAGAGAAGAGCGCCGGAGGCAGAUGUAGCCGAGCCUCGGAACAAACUCGCGCGCCCGGCACUCUCGCUGCCCACAGACCCUGCCCUCUACUCCGGCCCCUUUCCUUUCUACCGGCGCCCUUCCGAGCUGGGCUGCUUCUCCCUGGAUGCGCAGCGCCAGUACCACGGAGAUGCUCACGCCUUGCGCUACUACAGCCCACCCCCUACCUAUGGCCAAGGCCCCAAGUUUGACCUCAGAGAUGGAUACCCUGAUCGGUACCAGCCCAGGGAUGAGGAGGUCCGAGAAGGGCUGGACCACCUGCUUCGCUGGCUCCUGGAUCACCGAGGCCAGCUGGAGGGGGGUCCAGGCUGGCUAGCAGGGGCCAUAGUGACAUGGCGGGGGCACCUGACAAAAUUGCUGACGACACCAUAUGAGCAGCAGGAAGGCUGGCAGCUGGCAGCUUCCCGCUUCCAGGGGACACUAUACCUGAGUGAGGUAGAGACACCAGCAGCUCGGGCCCAGAGGCUCGCCCGGCCACCCCUCCUCCGGGAGCUCAUGUACAUGGGGUACAAGUUUGAGCAGUACAUGUGUGCAGACAAACCUGAAAGCUCCCCAGACCCGUCUGGGGAUGUUAACACCAAUGUGGCCUUCUGCUCUGUGCUACGAAGCCGCCUGGGAAACCACCCUCUGCUCUUCUCAGGGGAGGUAGACUGCACAGACCCCCAGGCCCCAUCCACACAGCCCCCCUGCUAUGUGGAGCUCAAGACCGCGAAAGAGAUGCACAGGCCUGGCCACUGGAGGAGCUUCUACAGACAUAAGCUCCUAAAAUGGUGGGCUCAGUCAUUCCUUCUGGGGGUCCCAAAUGUCGUUGCUGGCUUCCGUAACCCAGAAGGUUUCGUCUGUUCCCUCAAGACCUUUCCUACUAUGGAAAUGUUCGAGUAUGUCAGGAAUGACCGUGAUGGCUGGAAUCCCUCCGUGUGCAUGAACUUCUGUGCUGCCUUCCUUAGCUUUGCCCAGAACACAGUUGUGCAGGAUGACCCCAGGCUUGUCCAUCUCUUCUCCUGGGAGCCUGGCAGCCCAGUCACGGUGUCGAAACAUCAAGAUGCACCCUAUGCCUUCCUGCCCACGUGGUAUGUGGAAGCCAUGACCCAGGACCUCCCAUCACCCCCCAAGACACCUUCCCCCAAGGACUGAAACUUCAAAGGGGCUGGUCCUGUCUCCAUGUGCGCAGAUAAAAGCGUAUUUCUAGGUGGUU